AUGGGAAAUAUUGAAACCGUCCUUUCCAGUAGUAUCGCUGCUGUAUUUUUUGCAUAUUUUGUUGUUGCUGGAACUAUGUGGUAUGGUUCAACAACUACCCGGAUUGAAUUAUUUGGUCCUACUCGUUAUCAAUGGUAUCAGGGAUACUUCCAGCAAGAAAUAUAUCGAAGAGUUGGUGAUGGGCUAGUCAAAAAUCAAAGUUUAUCAGAAGCUUGGUCUAAGAUUCCUGAAAAAUUAGCUUUUUAUUAUUACAUUGGGAAUCCUAUCUUUAGAGACAAAGAGGGGCGUGAACUUUUUGUACGUCGUAUGCCUACUUUUUUUGAAACAUUUCCGGUUGUUUUGGUAGAUGGAGACGGAAUUGUUAGAGCGGGUGUUCCUUUUCGAAGGGCAGAAUCGAAGUAUAGUGUCGAACAAGUCGGUGUAAUUGUUGAAUUCUAUGGUGGUGAACUCAAUAGAGUCAGUUAUAGUGAUCCUACUACUGUGAAAAAAUAUGCUCGACGUGCUCAAUUGGGUGAAAUUUUUGAAUUAGAUCGUGCUACUUUAAAAUCAGAUGGUGUUUUUCGUUGCAGUCCAAGGGGUUGGGUCAUUCUUGGAUAUGUCUCUACUGCUAUUCUUGUUUCGUGUUACUAG